AUGUCUGGCUUUGGAGACUUCACCUCCAUCUGCGAGAAUGCGCCGCUUCCUCUUUGCGCCAACGUUGGGCCGACGCUCCCUGCCACCAACCGCGUUGGCAUCGAACCAGAUUGCUAUGCUCGCAAUAUCGCCCUUGCCAACACCAUCAUCUUCGAAGGUGCCGCGUCUGCUAUGCACAUCGUGGCGCUUAUCAUGACUAUUGUAAUGAUUCUCCAUGUUCGUAGCAAGUUCACGGCUGUUGGCCGAAAGGAGAUCUUAUCCUUCUUCUACAUUUACAUGCUCUUGACCUUCAUCUCUUUGGUCGUUGAUGCUGGAGUUGUUCCACCUUCCAGCGGACCUUUUCCCUACUUUGUCAGCAUACAGAAUGGUCUGAGCAAUGCGCUGGUAACAUGCUUGCUUAUCAACGGGUUUGUGGGGUUCCAGUUGUACGAGGAUGGCACGCCGCUCUCGGUCUGGAUGAUGCGAAUUUGCUCUCUCGUUGCGUUUGCUAUCAGCUUCCUCGUUUCUCUCGCCACUUUCAAAGGAUGGGCUGGUCUGAACCCAACCAACACCGUCGGCCUGUUUGUCGUCUUGUAUCUGCUGAAUGCCAUUGAGUUGUUCAUAUACGUGGGCAUGCAGGUCCUUCUGGUAACCCGAACCUUGCACGACCGAUGGCCACUGGGUGAUAUUGCCUUUGGAGUCUUCUUUUUCGUCGCCGGACAAGUCAUUCUUUAUGCCUUCAGCAGCAAAAUCUGCACAGCUGUGAGCCACUAUCUCGACGGCUUGUUCUUUGCCACAGUUUGCAACCUGUUGGGGGUCAUGAUGGUAUACAAGUACUGGGACUCCAUCACCAAGGAAGACUUGGAGUUUUCUGUGGGAACACGCAUGAACAACUGGGAAGUAAAGGAGCUUUUGCCGGAAGAUGAGCGCAGGGCAACAGUCUACGCGGAUGAUCCCUACGGCCAUACUAGCAGUUAUGACCUGCCAUACUCACCAACCGCACACCGUUACUCGACGAAAUACUAA